GAACCGGUUGUAAAUUAUGGCAUCAAUUGGAAGAUUGGACGGAAAAGUCGCUCUUAUUACAGGGGCCAGCUCUGGUAUUGGUGCCGGGACAGCCAUCUUGUUUUGUAAAUUAGGAGCAGAAGUGGCCAUUACUGGUAGAAAUGUCGAAAAUUUAAAUAAAACAGCGGCUGAAUGUGAGAAAGGAAAUGGAAAGAAGCCCUUUACUCUUGUUGGUGAUAUGACUAAUGAAGAUUUUGUAAAACGGCUUGUAGAAGAAACAGUAAAACAUUACGGGAAAUUAGACAUUCUGGUUAAUAAUGCAGGAAUAGUAAAAAGUGGAACCAUUGAAACAACAUCGCUGGAGCAGUAUGAUGAAGUCAUGAAUAUCAACGUCAGGUCUAUUUAUCAUCUGACCAUGCUUGCAGUACCUCAUCUCAUAAAAACAAAAGGAAACAUAGUAAAUGUAUCUAGUGUAAAUGGAGUUAGAUCUUUUCCAGGAGUUCUUGCAUACUGCAUGUCAAAAAGUGCUGUGGACCAAUUCACCAGAUGUACAGCCAUAGAGUUGGCUCCAAAACAAGUUAGGGUGAACAGUGUCAACCCAGGAGUGAUUGUCACAGAAAUCCACAGAAGAGGGGGGAUGGAUGAUGAGGCCUAUCAGAAGUUUCAUGAACGGAGUAAAAUUACACAUGCCCUAGGAAGGUCUGGCCAAGUAGAAGAGGUGGCCAAUACAAUAGCUUUUCUAGCCUCAGACAGCGCUUCCUUUAUAACUGGAGUACAGAUGUUAGUGGACGGGGGAAAGCAUGUACUUUGUCCACGAUAACUUCAAGAAUAUAAGAAGUUUUAAAAGAAAAUAUCCAGUGCGUAUUCAUUGUGAAGAAUUUUUUAAAAUUCUCUUUUGAGAUAUCUUUUUGUUAAUGAAAGAAACAAGUAAUAGCAAAUUUUGUGAAGGAACAUACUCAUGAUUUAGACAGAACAUAUUUCCAUAUCCAGACUUUGUGAUAUUAGUCAGAGAAAAUUAUUUAUAUUAUCACUGUGAAGAAAUUGUAAUUUUAUAAGGGAAGUAAGAAAAAUGUAAUAAACUGUAAUAAUUGCAUUUUGAAUUAUUACAGUUUGCGUUUACAUCAAUGCAGAAUGUAAUAACGCAAACUGUACUAAU